AUGUUACUCACACUAUGUAUACUGCCCACCACCCAGCACCCAGUGAAAUUUGAUGGACGCCCUUUUAAUAAAAAAGGCCGUCGACAUUGUAGCGCAGUAGAUACGUACGACAAUAAUUAUUGUUCGUAUUUGGUCGAGUAUGGAGUAGAGGUAUAUCAGUACAUGGCGAAGUGGUGCGAACGGUACACAACGAUGCUAUCAUUUUAUUAUUAGUUUCCAACGUCGAAUAAUUGUUAUUAAUUUAAAUUUUUUUUUUUAACACGGCCAAUACGAGCGGCCGCAAUCCUCUUAUCCAUUCCCCCCCCCUCCCCCGUCACCCGUCCAUCCGCCGCCGAUCUGGAUACGCGGCACCGAUAAGUAUUGCCGUGUACGAAAAAAAAAAAAAAAAAACAACAAACGACAACCCGAUACGCGCCAAAUUCGGCCGAAAGUGUGAAAACAAUAGCGAACACGCCGGGCUGUCGACCGGAUAUCAUUGCGGUUUUCAAUGAGUGGGGCUCGUUACGCGGCCGCGUCCUCGUGUCCAGUUCGUUUAUAUAAUCCCGCCGGGCGCCGCGCGCCGACAUUCGAGCGCCGUCGCCGUUGACCGUUCUGGAGUAGUUGUUGGAUCGGACGUCUGCGCCGUAUUACUUAAUAUACCUGACCGCGAUCUCGUUGCACGCCGCCGGAAUACCGUUCGACCAGUGAGUAUAGUAAUUAGUAACAAACUAUUGUGUUUAGUACUUGAGGACGAAUAACGCCAAUAAAGUUCGGAGGGGGGGGGGGGGGGGGGGGGGGGUGGUGGUGGCGGAAAUGCAAACAUCCGAAAUCUCGUCGCCCUUUGUUGGGGCGUUUUAAAUUCAAAAACAACAUUUUUUUCAUUUUUUUUUUUUUUCCCAAUUAUUUUAUUAUAAUUUUAAACUAAUUAAUUAAUCGAAAUGGAAAAUGUUUAGCGGGUUCAAACUACGGUUUUUAUUAUUAUUAUUAUUAUUAUUAUUAUUAUUAUUGUUAUUAUUAUUAUUUGUCGUGUACGGGCAUUGAAAUUAAUCCCGGAUUAUUGAAAUCCGACCAUUUGUACAACAGGUGUUUUUAAGAAGAAAAAAUCGAAUUUAGUUAAUUUUAAGUAGGUAUUUAUUGUACUGCAUAAUUAUUACUUAAUAUUUUAAAUACUGCAGUUACUUAAAUAACAAUACGAUUUUGUAGGUAGGUACUUAAUAAUGAUGUAUUAAUUCUCUGUUAUAAUUGUAUAAAUAUCUAUUCCAUCAUAAUAUUGCUUAAGGAAGAUAAGUAAUUCAAAAUUGUCCGCGUUGUUGAUACAUUAAACGUUUUAAUUAAAGAUGUAGGUACUUACCUACAACCUGACCCGUUAAUUUUAUUUUCGAUUUAAUAGGUAGUGAAAAAAAAAAACAUUUUUUACUCAUAUGUAUAUAUUGUAUUAAAACAAAAAAAAACCCAGAGUAGUAUGUUUAUAUUAUUUCGAUAUACUUUUUAUAGGCCCCUCGAUUAAUCAAAAAAAAAAAAAAUCAAGGAGAAUGGUUAUUUAACAUCUUUAAUAAGUUUAUUAUUUUUCAAAUUUAUUACAUUCACACAAAUUAAUAUGAAAUUUGGAUUCAAAACAGAGAACCUACUUGAUUUAUUUUUUCUAUUAAAAACAAUACAAUUAAAUAGUGGAAUUUAAGUGGGUACCUAUGUGUUUUAAAGUUCAAAUUUUAAUGAAAAUGCAUUUUGAUACAAAUACAAAAUAUUUACCAUUCCAUGUGUUCCAUUUAAAAAACAAAUAGUAUGCUAAAAUUUCUGAAAGAUUUCAGUUAAGGUACUCGCCCCCAAUUCAAGCUCUUAGUACAUAUAUGUAUUAUGCGUCUUGCAUUGUACCUAAUAUUUAAUAUUUUUAUUUUUAGUGGAUCCAAUGCAAUUACUAGCUAACAAAUUGAUGAAGUAUAAAUCGUUUAAAGAACGGCGGAGCUAUUUGAACAAUUCACUUGAUUUAUUUUCGUUCAACCAUCCCGAUCUAUAUUUCUUGUUGUUCAAAGAAAUGAAAAGAAGGGAACUGGAAUCUAAUGAUCCAUACAAAAUUACUCAAUGGUCUUAUCAAAAUUUAGCAUCAAAUGUAUAUGUUAAACUUCAUGGAGCGUUAAUAUUGGUUAAAGGUCACAACACUAUAGCAAAAGAAAUGUAUUUGGUAGUCCUGGACCAUGUGCUAUGCCAAACAAUUGAAAAUCUGACCAAUGUUGAAGAAUCAAUAAAAAUAUGCUAUUUGAUAGAAAAAUCUAAACCAUUAUCUAUAAUUUAUGAGUGAGUAAAUUAUUUUUUUUAUAUUUGUUCAAACAAAACAAAAGUAUUUAAUAACAAAUCUACUACUUUUAGGCGUUUAAAAUUACAUAUAAAACAGAUAAAACAACUACAGGGGAACACAAUUAGUACAUGCAAUGGAACAGUGAUGAAAAUUAAGAAGAAUUUUAAGAACGAUAAUUUUAAACCAUCUCUAGUUGAACCAUUUGAAUACAAUACCAAAAGUUCCCCAAAAAUACAUCAAUCAAAAUACUCCAACACAUCUGUUUUGCAAACUGUGAAGCAGCCCAGUCAUUUUGAGUCUACUAACAAUCGCUUCUCAUCUUUUAAUCGUAAAAAUUUUACAUAAGCAAAUUUUUAUAUUUUAAUUUUAAUAAUUGUGUAAUUUGUUUUUAGCAGAAUACUCUUCUAUCACGCAUCCUAAUCUCGUAGUUAAUGGAUGUUCCCCUUUUGAAUUCCCAUUCAUAUUAACAAUAGUUCAACAAGAUAUGGUUGAGGCAUUCUCAAAUUGGCUCAAUUACUUAAAACUUCAUAAGUAUCAGUGGUUCUUUAACAGUCUUAGUUACCUAGAAAUAGAAUUUAUUGAUGAAGACAAUAUUGAAGGAUUUAUAAAUAAAGUAAACAGAAACUCCAUAACAAAAGGCGCACAAAAAAAAAUCUGCUUGUCAACCAAAAUAUUAAGAAACCGCAAACAAAAAUUUCAAGACAUAUUAAAGGUAAAUUAAUUUAUUAUAAGCCAUUAAUGUGAAAGUAUGCAAUUUUCUUUGUAUUUGUAUGUAAUUAUUUAUUUUUUAGGCAUUGGAUUUGGAAGUCACACCAAAUGAACUGAAUGAAACUAUGACUUACAUGAAAGAUGUACUUCAUUAUCCUUUACCAAAUAAGAAUUGUGUUGUUGAUGACCAACUACAAUUAAACAUAGUGCUUAUUAUGGAAAAAAGUUUUGGUCAAUUAAUAGAAAAAUUUGAUGCUGCUAGAUAUUCGGUCGCCAACACCCUACUUGGAGCUUCCAUUAACAAUUUCUUUGAAUGCAUCUAUCUAAUUACUGGUAAUAAAAUGUUCAUGAAGCAUCAAACCGACAAAUUAUUAUUUUUAUGUGAUUUGUUAAAGUACACUAUUUAUCAAAAUCCUAAAAAAUUUUAA